AUGGAUAACGAUUACAAGGUUAUCUCAGGCUGUGAAAAUAUCAAUCGAUCAGGUAUAAUAAUUGAAUCAAAUACCAUGGAAAAACCAGAUACUGAAGCCAGUUUUACUUGUGUAUGUACCAAACCGAUGUGUAAUGGAAUACAAAAAUAUGCACAACUACAACAAUUAUUGCUGCAAUAUGGACUAUUACCAUUAUCAGAUAUAAUACCACCAGUUAUACAAGAAACAACUACAACAACUUUAACUACAAUGCGAACAUAA